AUGGACGAGUACUCGGGCGGAACACCGGAAGCUGACCAUCUCUGCGUCUUGGUCCACGGGCUAUGGGGAAACCCAAACCACAUGAAAAACGUCGCCAAAGCCCUUCGCGAUCAAUUUCCCCCAAAUAAGCUGCGUAUCCUCGUCGCAAAGCGCAACAGCGGCUCCUUUACCUACGAUGGGAUCGAACUCGGUGGCGAGCGCGUGUGUUUGGAGAUCGAGGAGGAGCUGGCGUUGAUCAAGAGCAAGGGUGGAAAUAUCAAGAAGAUAAGCAUCGCUGGCUACUCGUUAGGUGGACUUGUCGCAAGAUAUGCCAUCGGGCUGCUUCAUGCGCGGGGUGUUCUGGAUGACCUCGAGUGCAAAAAUUUCACAGCUUUCGCGAGCCCUUUCCUGGGAGUACGAGCCCCUUUGCGAGGUUGGUCAGACAGGAUAUGGAACAGCCUGGGCGCACGAGCACUCUGCAUGUCUGGGAGGCAACUCUUUGGCAUUGACGAAUUCCGUGACACGGGCAAGCCUCUUGUUGCUGUUCUCGCAGAUCCAAAGUCGAUCUUCAUGGCCGGUCUGGCCCGAUUUCAACGACGCACGCUCUACACCAACAUUGUAAAUGACAGAAGCGCCGUUCAUUACACGACGGGGAUCACGAAAACAGAUCCAUAUGUGGACAUGUCAAAAAUCAAGACCAACCCUUUACCAGGCUACGACGGUGUCAUUCUUGAUCCAAAAAACCCAGUAUCCCCCGCCGCGCCCAGAGACCCAGAACCGCUGAUGCAAUCAGUCGAGAAGUGGGCAAAGCGAGUCCCAAUCAUCGCGACAAUAGUUGUCUUCGUCCCCGUUGCGCUGCUAGCCUUCUUCACCAACGCCGCCAUCCAAACAGUCCGCUCGUCUCAGCGUGUAAAACUCCACGAGAGUGGAAUGGCUGGUAUCAAAAUAGAAGGCUACAGAGUCAACCUCUGGAUCAAGGAAAUGCGCGAAGCUGUCGAGGACACCUACGAGAACAUCAAUAACUCGCAAAAUCAACAAUACUUGGGACUGUCGGAGGAUGACGAUGACAACAGCUCGGAAGAUAGGCACCUGCUUUCGCUGGAGAGGAAACAGUCGCACCCGUAUUUCCCUACGUUGGCGCUGGCACCGUAUCAGUUUUCUGCUAUUCAGGCGUUGGAUAAGCUUGGGUGGAGAAAAUAUCCGGUUUGGAUACACAAUGCGAGGCAUAGUCAUGCGGCGAUCAUUGUGAGGAUGGAUAAGAAGGGGUUUGAGGAGGGGUGGGUUGUUUUGAGGCAUUGGGCGAGGGAUGAAUUUUUGGCUUGA